UUUCACAUGUCUAGUCACUUCAUGUAGCUCUAUCAUAGUAUCGUAUACGAAGCAAUCGACGAGAUCAUGAAGAGUAAGUAUACAUUUUGUCCUUGAUAUUCAUCACAAACCUCAUGGCUCCCAGGACCAAUGUUUGGAGAAGCCAUAUAGGAAACAAAAUGCCCCUAGGUCGCUUGAUACUUGCUUGUUGCUUCUGCCUGAUGUCCGUUUGACGCACUUGUCCUCCAGAUUGCAAAAUUUCCUUCUUCCACCUGAGGUUGAAUUUGUCUGAUGCGCUUCUGCCAAGGAUCUUGUUCCUGAUUGAUCUGGGCGAUCUAAUGUAGUGGUGAGAUUUUGCGUGUUUCCUGUGUAGAUUAGCAGAGGUUUCUGUGUGCCGCCAAAACCUGUAUUUUCUGCGUUGGCGCCAAAACGGAAGCGCCAGGUUUCAGAAAAUUGACGGGGAAUUGGGGACCGAAUCGGAUUCAGAAAAAAGGAAUCCGUCCGUGAUUCUAUUUGGAAAUUUGACGCGUCCUCCGUCGCCUGCAAGCCCAUCGUAUAUAAAUAUCGCCGGCCACCUCUUCUCCCAGAUCCCAAUCGCCGGCCCUCGCUCCCCAUCUACCCCUUCCUAGCUAGCUAGCGAAGCACCAGUUUGGGCAGCCGCCGGGCAGGAUGGAAGGGCUGGACGUGUACCAGCACUACCGCUUGAACCCUACAGAUGUGGACGCCGUGACUUACUACCUGCCACGCCUCAUCGCCGGCCAGACGCUGCACGGCGCCGAUAAAUUCAUCCACCACGUCGACAUCUACAGCUGCGAGCCCAAGGAUCUGGCCGCCCGGAUUGCGCCCGUGCCGCAGGCCGCCAGCAGCGGCGACCGCUUCUUCUUCACCACGCGCAAGAGCAAGAACGGAAGCAAAACCCAGAGCGUGCGCACCGCCGGCGGCGGCACCUGGACCGUCAACGCUACCACGGCCGUCAAACACGCCGGAGUCGAGGUCGGCGAGAGGAAGAACCUGUCGUUCAGGAAGAAGGGCAAGUCCACCGGUUGGGUCAUGGAGGAGUACAAAUGCUUGCUGCCAGAGGCCGUCGUCGCCGACGGGGUGAAGGUGUUCUGCAAGAUCCACUUGGCUCAGCAUCCUCCUGACGCGGCCCGCCAGGAAUCAGCCGCGUACAAGCAUCAAGCAGAACCGCAACCAGAGGCCGUGACUGCGAGCAUGCACGCACAGAAGAGGCCAGCAAUAGCUCCCGCCGCCGAUCCUCAUCCGCCGCGCCCCAACAAGAGGAUGCGAGGAGCAGUCCCUGUCCCCGCACCUGCCCCACCGUCGUUCUUGACGUAUGAUGAGGCAGCGAGUGCAAUGUAUGGCCCGCUGGCUCGUACCAUCUUCCCUGUUCAAGAUGCUCUGGAUAUACCAGCGUCAAUCGAAGGUCCUUCAGCAUCAUGCGAGUCCACUACAACAUCCAACCACUCCGGCGUUGCUUCUUCCUCAGAUAAUAAGCAGCAACAAGCUCAAGCUACUGAGAUUUCCUCCCAAUCACUUGUGCUGGAGUCUGUCAAGCAUUACAGCCAACAACAGAUGAUUGUUCCUGAGGCUGGCUCAAGCAUUGCAAGGAGCACAUCAGAAGAGGUUGUCUUUGAGCCGUUGGAGCCUAUUUCCGAUUUGCCGGAUGUGGACGCAGAUGGUUUUGACAUUGAAGAACUAAUGAGAAUGAUGGAAGACGACCCAAUUGAAGUCGAGCCGGUCACUGGAGCCAACACUGGCGUGGAGUUGGGCCAACAGGAACCUCUGUACCUGGAUACCAUGGACCAAGGCAUGCUGGAGAACAUGCUGCAGUCCGAUUGCCCUUACCCAAUGUCGGGAUCAGAGGGUCGGGCCAUGCACAACCCUGCCUUCCAUGAUGCUGAAAAGGAGAAGAGGUACAAUGCCGCGUCGGACCUUGACGCUCCAUCGCUUCAGGGACAGGACCACUUGUUCAAACAGCCCUUCGAUCCAUUUGAAGCAGCAUGGAAGGCCGAAGAGGCGCUCGAGAAGGAGAAGAGGGACAAUCUUCACGCUGGACCGCUUGGAGGACACAACAACUUCUUCUGGCCUGCAAGUGUCUAUUAAGUCCGAUGUUGAAAUUGUUUUCAAAGUGUAUACGAGGAUACUCACUGGCUGAUAUAUUAGUUCGUCCUUAUACGAUCGCCACACGUGUACCUCUGAGCAAUUUGCUCCACUUGUUCAUGUAAGCUAAAACUGUUGUUGUUCUUCUUGCCCCUCUGAUGGAUUUUCUGAACCUUGCGUUUGCUCUA